AAGAAAGGUCACGCGUUCGAAUCUUGCCCUGGCCCUGGCUCUCCUUCGUCCGGAUAAGAUCCACCACUACCAGGGUAUUUCGCGUUGAGCGUCGGGCAUGGAGACAGUGUCAACGAUUUCGAGGCCGCAUUGCGGUGAGUCGGCGCAGCCGAGGCGAUUGGAAAGCUCGUUUCUAGGGAAAUUUAGGUCGCCGGCGAUGGAUCGGGUAGCCAUGGCGAGCAGCGAGCGAUCUUUGCAAGUCUUGACGAUUGAAGCGUCUAAGAGGAAAGGGCCGAUGCGGAGGAUGCAGCAGCAGCAGCAGAUGCAGCAAAGAUCACUCCCGAAAGUCCCAGCGGCGGAGGACGACAAUCCGCGAUUCGUGAUCUUCAUUCGCAGUAAGAACGUUCCACUUUGGUACCCUUUAAACAUUGUCUCGGGAGGAAAUGCGGCAAAGUUCAUGGUGGGAGUCACUAAGAACGAGUGGGGAAAGAAGAUCUAUGGCAACAGCUUGACAAACAACAUCGGUGCUGCUGUUUACAAAGACGAGGAGAAGAUCAUUGCCUCGGUGGUGAAGACCUACCCCACGCUGAAAACAGCGAAGGAGUUCCAGUUUGGUUACAAGCUCGUGGACGAAGAGAAAGCCAACGAAGCUCUCCGGCCUGUGGAUGUCACUCUGAUUCCUCCCAAAGAGGAUCUCAAGCCCAUCACAGAGAAGGUCACCGACUUCGUGGGAAAGGGCGUGGACAACUUGAAGAGCUCCCUUGGCCUCUAAAAUUUUCAAAUCCCCAGAAUAUUCUCACAAUCUCCCGCGAGUUUUUCAACGGCCUGGAUCUCUCUCGCCACGAGCGGCUGGGAUUCGACCUAAUUAGGGUUUAGGGUUUAUGGCGGCUGGGAGAGGGCUUUAUAACGAUGCGCGAGAACGAAGGGUUUUUGCGUG